CAUAUAAGACAAGUAGAGCGGCAACGGGUCAUCAGUCAAUCAAGUGACAUAGAGAUCAGAACAUCAUCGGCAGAAUGCAGUCCACGGAGAGCAACAGUCAAAUCUACCGCCACAAGAAGUUCGAUUUUGGGCGAUCGGCAGACAAAGCCGAUCUUCUCCUAAAGGAAGAGCUCAUCUCCCGCACUGGAACGCCCUACAGCAGUCGCAGUCGCAGCACUUACGAUGAGUGGGAGGAGGACAGCACCAGCCUCAGUUCCAGUGAGUAUGGAAGCACCUUUCUCCCGCUGGCCAAGCGCCGACGUCUGGACACAUCAACCACCGCAGCGGCAUCGACUUCCUCAUCCGCUUCAUCCUCGCACUCUCUGACCUCGAUCAGCGCUGCCGCUCUGCAAAACAUAUGCAAGUAUCACGGAAACAUGGUGCGGAAGUUUCCCAAAAAGGAGCGCACGCCCAAGGAUCAGGAGCGGCGUAACAAGAACACCAUCGCCUGCCGCAUGAGCCGACGCGUAAAGAAGCUCGAGCACCUGGCCAUCGAGGAGCAGUACAACGAGUUCUCCAGCCAGCACCUGAAGAUAGCCGAGCAGAGCAUGCGAGCAUCUGUCUAUCUGAAUCACCUCCAGCAGCUGGUCAGGCAGGAGGCGAAGGAAACGAAAAGCCCAGCCGCGCCUAAGCCUCAGAAUAUUCCCAUGCCCGCGAAGAACUUCAGCAUCGAAUAUCUGAUCGGAGCCAUGCAGCGGGAGCAGUGCAGCUACCCUGAGAGCACUUCCUCCCUAAUCACUGUGUGAUUAUAUUAUUUGAUUUUAGCAUUACUUUAAGGUUGUUUUAAGUGUUAUUUUGUAAGUUUCUUCAAGAAAUGAA